AUGCACUCACACCAUUCACAUUCCGGCGACUAUAGUGCCCACGGUACGGACCCUUUGAAUUCCGUGAUCGAUCAAGUGAUCAAUCUUAACUUUCACACGUACUGUUUGACAGAGCACAUACCAAGAAUUGAGUCCAAGUUCAUAUACCCCGAAGAACAGGCAUUGGGUAAGAAUUCUGAAGAAGUCAUAGCCAAGCUAGAAACAUCCUUCAAAAAUUUCAUGAGUCAUGCGCAAGAGAUCAAGGCUCGUUAUGCUGACAAACCUGAUGUUCGGACUAAAUUCAUUAUAGGUAUGGAGAUCGAAAGCUGUGACAUGGCUCAUAUAGAAUAUGCGAAGAGAAUCAUGAAGGAGAAUAGUGGUAUUUUGAAGUUUUGUGUGGGCUCGGUCCAUCACGUCAACGGGAUCCCCAUUGAUUUCGACCAAAAACAAUGGUACGGUUCAUUACAUUCUUUCAAUGAUAAUUUGAAAGAUUUUUUACUAUCUUACUUCCAAUCACAGUACGAAAUGCUGGCCAAUAUUAAACCAUUGGUCGUUGGCCACUUCGACCUUUACAAAUUGUUUCUGCCCGAUGACAUGCUGGUAAAUCAGAAAUCGGGCCAAUGUGAUGAAGAAACUGGAGUUCCUGUAGCUUCACUGGAUAUCAUCAGUGAAUGGCCCGAAAUAUACGAUGCAGUCGUAAGAAAUUUACAGUUUGUAGACUCUUAUGGGGGCGCAAUUGAAAUCAAUACGUCCGCAUUAAGAAAGGGCCUCAAGGAGCCGUACCCCAGCAAGACCUUGUGUAAUCUGGUUAAGAAGCAUUGCGGAUCUAGGUUUGUUCUAAGUGAUGACGCACACGGCGUGGCGCAGGUGGGCGUGUGUUACGCCAAGGUAAAGAAAUACAUAGUAGAUGUGCUACAGUUAGAAUACAUAUGUUACCUUGAAGAGCGCCAACCACCGCAGAAUGGGCUAUCUAUAAGGAGAUUACCGAUUUCGCAAUUCGUUAAUGAUCCCUUUUGGGCCAAUAUCUAA